AUGCUUCUCCACGAGGCCCUUGUGGACACCGAGUGCCCCAUCUGCUUGCAGCCACUAAACUACCGUCUUCAGCCUCCACCCAGCCGCCCUGCCUCUCCGUCUUCCUCCGGCACCUCCGCAGUGGCGGCCCCCGGUAGCGGGACCACGAGCAGCACGAGUGCGUCACGUCACUCCCCACACUCGCCGCUGCAGCUGAGUGGGUCGAACGCCUCGGGCGGGGCAGGUGAGUUCUGCAUCACGUUUGCGCCUGGCGUGUACGGGAGCGAUGCGACAGACCCGUGGCACCCCAGCCUCGCCGUCCUGUCUCCAGUGUCCCCUCAUGAAGCGCCAAGCCUGUCGGGUCAGCGCAGCUUUGCGCACCGCGAGCCCUGUCCACCCUCCAGCGGCGGCGGAGCGAAUCUGUCGAACAGCGGUCACACCGCCGACAGCAGCAGCGACGAAGGUGCCGCCGGUGUUGUGGUGCUGCCGUGCGGACAUCUUCUGCACUACCUAUGCGCCAUGCAGCUGUGCGAGUACGCCAUCCAUCCGUCCUGUCCCGUGUGCCGGCUGAAACUCGCCUCCGGCGCCGACUUGGCUCUCUUCCGUCCCCAGCUUCGAAUGUCGUUGAUCGCCGCAGCCCAGGCGUCUUCCGGUGUCUCUGCCGACGGUCGUUACAUGGAAAGAGACUGUAAGCGCGCCAUCAGCGUGCGAAAGCGUUGCCGGCCGGAAGAGGCGGGGAGGGAGGACGGUCAUGCGCCGUAUACAGAUCGCCACCGAGCGGACGCCGAGGACGCCAACAGUGUGCAGGUGUGCUCGCCUCCUUCAGAAUCGCAGCGAGGCUGCGUGCCAGGUCCGGCUGUUGCGCACCCCUCGAUGUCGCAAUCCGGUGGCGAGCUCAGCGCCCCCACGCUCAUUCUCGGGGAUGAUUGGGAGCCGACGGACACCUGUGCGGCGCCGAAGACGCAGGGCUCACCUGCCACAUCGCGCCAGAACAGCGGCGGCGAUGCGGACACGAACCAAGGCGAGGACGACAUUACUAUCAUCGGUGCCCGUCAACUCCCGCCCUCCCAGGCCUACGCGGAACUGCUGCUUCGCACCACUGCAACCUGGGCAGCGCGGGCAGAAACACUGAAGGCGCGAGUGGAGCACCUUGAGAGGAGUCAGCAACUGCUGCAGAGCGACUGCAGUGAGCUCGAGCGCACCCUCACCGUUGCGCGUCGUCGCCGAGAAGUGUUGCUGAACCUUCCAUCGUCGAAGGAUGAACAGGAUGCGCUUCCGUCGGCUCAGAGGCUGCGUGAGCUGCGACGCCUCUGUCUCGAGACACGAACGGCCAUGUCGUCCACUACGAAGCAGCUGGCAGAGGUGAUUCGCGGUCAUGCGGAGGUGCGACGGCAGACAGAGAAGUACAUGCGCAAGCUGUCGAGGCUGGAGUCUGGAAAAGGAGUCGGGAGAGCUGGCGGCGACGCUGCCACUGCCACUGCCACUGCCUCUGCCGCCGCGGUGAAAGCAGGCCUACCGCCACCGCCAUCACGACGGAAGCCGCCACAAGGAGGUGCAGCACCGGCAGGGGAGGCAGCAGCAGCGGCGCUCGAUGGUCCGCCCUGA